UACGACAGACAAGCAUCACAAGUCGUUUCGCACUUCAAGCGAAAAUAUUCACUACGUUCGAGAGAAAUAGUUGACAUCACAAUGAAGCUGUUAGCUAUUGUGUUGGCUUUGUGCGCUAUCGUAUAUGCGAGCGCUGAGAAACCAUCAACGACUGGUCAGGGUCUUCCAUCAAUACGUUUCGAAGAACCCAAAAGAGGCUCGAUAACUUUCCAAGGGACACAACCUCUGAGUGGACCGCAACGUCAACCGUCCUGGGAUCUCAACGGCAAUGCUAACGUUUUCAACAAUGGCCGCACAUCAGCGAACGUCUUCGGAGGUUUGAAUAAAACACCUGGACAACGAGUGCAACCGCACGUCGGCGUCCAGGCGGAGAGAAACUUCGGCAACAACGGUUUCAUCAGAGGUCAGGGCCAGCUUCAACCAGGUCGAGGAGGUCAUGGUGUCUCUCCGUCGGUUGGUGUAACUGGUGGCUUCAGAUUUAGAAGAGAAGCUGAACCCCAAAGAAAUUCAAUUUCCUUCCAAGGAUCGCAACCUCUGAGCGGACCAAUGCGCCAGCCUACGUGGGAUCUCAACGCCAAUCGCAAUAUCUUGGAUAAUGGUCGUACAAGGACAGAUGUUUACGGAGGAAUGAGUAAGGUACCUGGACAACGAGUGCAGCCGCACGUCGGCAUCCAGGCAGAGAGGAACUUCGGCAACAACGGUUUCAUCAGAGGUCACGGCCAGCUUCAACCAGGUCAAGGAGGUCAUGGUGUCUCUCCGUCGGUUGGUGUAACUGGUGGCUUCAGAUUUAGAAGAGAAGCUGAACCCCAAAGAAAUUCACUUUCCUUCCAAGGAUCGCAACCUCUGAGCGGACCAAUGCGCCAGCCUACGUGGGAUCUCAACGCCAAUCGCAAUAUCUUGGAUAAUGGUCGUACAAGGACGGAUAUUUAUGGAGGAUUGAGUAAGGUACCUGGACAACGAGUACAGCCGCACGUCGGCAUCCAGGCGGAGAGGAAUUUCGGCAACAACGGUUUCAUCAGAGGUCAGGGCCAGCUUCAACGAGGUCCAGGAGGGCACGGUGUUUCCCCUUCCGUCGGUGUAACUGGCGGUUUCCGGUUCAGGAGGGAAGCGGAGGAUGUUGAUGAAAUAGAAUCUAUUGAAGAGUAUUAAAUCUUAAAUUAAUAUAUAUAUAAAUUAAUUUGUGUAGAUAUAAAUCUAUAAGAAACUAUAAUUUAAAUUUGUUUCGUUUUCAUAAUUAAUGUUGUAUUAUAUUUGGUAAUAUAAUCUAAUUAAUUUGCAUUCUAUUUAAAAGUUACUAUACUUCGAGGCUAUUUUAUAAAGUUUACUGCAUA